AUGGAGGGGGCGAAGAAAGAUGCCCCCCCGGGGGAGAAUGGAGGCAAGACGGACACCCUCGGGUCCACUGGCUCGGCCAGGAAAAGAGGUGGGGGGGCCAAGAAGGCCAUGCAGGCGAACAAGUCUGCCCUCAGGGCCCCCCGAGCCCUCUGCUGCCUCACCCUCAGCAACCCCAUCCGCAUGGCAGCGCUGGCCCUGGUGGAGUGGAAAUAUCCUUUCUCUCAGAGGCCCUUUGAUAUUUUCAUUCUACUCGCCAUUUUUGCCAACUGUGUGGCCAUGGGCGUGACCAAGCCGUACCCAGACGACGACUCCAACGCCACCAAUCACCAACUGGAACAAGUGGAGUACGUCUUCCUCGUCAUCUUCACCAUCGAGACCUUCACUAAGAUCCUUGCCUACGGUCUAGUCAUGCACCCCAGCGCCUACAUACGCAGCGGAUGGAACUUGCUUGAUUUCGUUAUCGUCAUCGUCGGGUUGUUCAGUGUGAUGGCGGAGGCCAUGACGGAUCAUAAGCCCGGGGAGGCCCAUCACGCCGCGGGGAAACCGGGAGGCCUGGAUGUCAAAGCGCUCCGAGCGUUCAGGGUGCUGCGACCGCUUCGACUCGUAUCCGGAGUGCCAAGUUUACAGAUUGUGUUGAACUCCAUCAUGAAAGCCAUGGUCCCCCUCCUCCACAUCGGUAUGCUGGUCAUGUUCGUCAUCAUCAUCUACGCCAUCAUCGGCUUGGAGCUCUUCAUCGGCCGGAUGCACAAGACGUGUUACAACAUCGGCUCAGGCCUCAUGGUGGAGGACGACCCGUCACCUUGUGCGUUUGCCGGCAGCGGACGCUUUUGUUUCGGCAAUGCGACCGAGUGCCGGGGGAAGUGGGAGGGUCCCAACGGCGGCAUCACAAACUUCGACAAUAUUUUCUUUGCCAUUCUGACUGUUUUCCAGUGCAUCACUAUGGAGGGCUGGACAGAUGUGCUCUACUGGAUGAACGACGCCAUUGGGUUCGAGAUUCCAUGGAUCUACUUUGUUUCUCUCGUCAUCUUUGGAUCCUUCUUCAUCAUCAACCUUGUAUUGGGUGUGUUGAGCGGAGAGUUCUCCAAGGAAAGAGAGAAGGCGGUGGCGCGUGGCGAGCUGCAGAAGGCGCAGGAGAGCAAACAGCUGGAGGAGGACAUGGUCGGCUACAUGGACUGGCUCAUCGAGGCCGAGGACGUGGAUGAGGAAGGAAACAAACGUGCUGCGAUCGCAAAGAAGAAGAUGAUGAAGAAGUUCGGCUGGUACAAACACAAUGAGGACGGCGGAGCGGAGUCGGACUCUGAUGAUGACAUCGCGUACCUCGAUGACGACAACGGCUUCUGUGCUUCUCUCAUGGCGAAGAUGAUGGCCAACAGCUUCUGUGACCAGCUGUGUCAGCUGAAUCACACCAUGAGGAAGAAUUGCCGAGUGGCUGUGAAGACCACAAACUUCUACUGGCUGGUGCUGCUGCUGGUGUUUCUCAACACGAUGGCCAGUGCCUCCGAGCAUUACGGACAGCCGAAGUGGCUCACAGAGAUGCAAGAGCGAGCCAACAAGAUCCUGCUGCUGCUCUUCACCCUGGAGAUGCUGUUGAAGAUGUACGCCUUCGGCCUGCAGAUCUACUUCAUGGCGCUGUUCAACCGCUUCGAUUGCAUCGUGGUGUUUGGCGGCAUCCUGGAGACAAUGCUCGUCGAGCUGGAGGCCAUCCCGCCCAUCGGCAUCUCCGUGCUGCGCUGCAUCCGCCUGCUCAGGAUCUUUAAGAUGACACGGCACUGGGCCGCUCUGUCCGACCUCGUCAAUUCACUGCUCAACUCCAUGAAGGCUAUCUGCUCCCUUCUCCUGCUGCUCUUCCUCUUCCUCAUCAUCUUCGCCCUGCUCGGCAUGCAGCUGUUCGGAGGCAAAUUCAACUUUGACGAGAUGCAGAUGAAGAGAAGUACAUUCGACUCCUUCCCUCAGGCUCUGCUCACGUGUUUCCAGAUUCUCACAGGAGAGGACUGGAAUGCUGUGAUGUACGACGGCAUCAUGGCCUACGGGGGUCCCAUCUUCCCCAACAUGGUGGUGUGCAUGUACUUCGUCAUCCUCUUCGUGUGUGGUAACUACAUCCUGCUGAACGUCUUCUUGGCUAUCGCUGUGGACAACUUGGCCGGAGGCGGAGGAAAGACCAAAGUGGAAGAGAAAAAGGACGACGAAGAAGAGUGGGAUGACGAUGAAGAGAAAGAAGAUGAAGAUGCAGGGAACGAUGAGGACGACUGGCAGGAGAACGAGGAGCUCAGAGCCAUCGAGGGACUCGAGGGCGUUGCUCCUUUGAAGGCGGACUUCUCGCCCAAAGAGAAGAUCGUACCAAUUCCUGAUGGGAGCUCCUUCUUCCUUCUUGGAAAGAAAAACUGUUUGCGAGUCGCCUGCCACAACCUCAUCCAUCAUCCCUACUUCACCAACUUGAUCCUCGUCUUCAUCAUCUUCAGCAGUAUCUCCCUGGCUGCUGAGGAUCCAAUCAAAUCCCACUCGUUCAGAAACAUAGUGCUUGGUUACGCUGAUUAUGUGUUCACAUCAGUUUUCACGGUGGAGAUCGUCCUGAAGAUGACGGUCUAUGGAGCUUUCCUGCACAGCGGCUCCUUCUGUAGAAAUGCCUUCAAUCUCCUGGACCUGCUGGUCGUCGGUGUGUCGCUCGCCUCCUUCUUCCUGCAUUCAAGCGCGAUCUCAGUGGUGAAGAUUCUCCGAGUGCUGCGUGUGCUCAGGCCUCUUCGAGCCAUCAACAGAGCCAAGGGGCUAAAGAAUGUGGUGCAGUGUGUGUUCGUGGCGAUCCGCACCAUCGGUAACAUCCUGAUUGUCACGACCCUGCUUCAGUUCAUGUUUGCAUGUAUCGGAGUGCAGCUUUUCAAGGGCCGAUUCUACAGCUGCACAGACGAAGCCAAACACACUCCAGACGAGUGCAAAGGAACGUUUGUUGUCUUUAAAGACGGGGACAUGAACCACCCCAUGGUGAGGGAGAGGAUCUGGGAGAACAGCGAGUUCAACUUCGACAACGUGCUGAUGGGAAUGCUGGCUCUAUUCACCGUGUCAACAUUCGAAGGCUGGCCACAGCUCCUCUACCGGGCGGUGGAUGCCAACGCGAUCAACCGUGGGCCCAUCUACAACUACCGAGUGGAGAUCUCCAUCUUCUUCAUCAUCUACAUCAUCAUCAUCGCCUUCUUCAUGAUGAACAUCUUCGUGGGUUUCGUCAUCAUCACGUUUCGAGAGCAGGGAGAGGCGGAGUUUAAAAAUUGCGAACUCAACAAAAAUCAACGUCAGUGUGUGUACUACGCCCUCAAAGCUCAACCUAUAAAGAUUUACAUCCCCAAAAACCCCUCCCAGCUCAAAUUCUGGAGAAUAAUCAACUCCAGUCAAUUUGAAUACAUCAUGUUUGUGCUGAUUCUGGGAAACACACUCACUCUGGCUGUUCAGCAUUACGAGCAGUCUAAAAUGUUCACCUCCGUCAUGGACAUCCUCAACAUGAUCUUCACGGUGGUUUUCACCAUAGAGAUGAUCAUCAAGCUUCUGGCUCUGCGGGCUCACCAUUACUUCAUCGAUCCCUGGAACUCCUUUGAUGCUUUGAUCGUCGUGGGGAGUGUGUUGGACAUCGCGGUCUCGGAGCUCAGUGGAGGAGGCAACCACGGCGAGGGCAGUAAAGGAGAAAGUGGAAAAGUGUCCAUCACCUUCUUCCGAUUGUUCCGCGUCUUGCGUUUGGUCAAACUUCUCAGCAAAGGAGAAGGUAUCCGAACUCUCCUCUGGACGUUUGUCAAGUCGCUCCAGGCUCUGCCAUAUGUUGGUCUGCUCAUCGCCAUGAUCUUUUUCAUCUAUGCUGUAAUUGGCAUGCAGACCUUUGGGAAAGUGGCCAUAGACGACGACACACACAUCAACAGGAACUGCAACUUCCAGACCUUCUUCAUGGCCGUCCUGGUGCUUUUCAGGUGUGCCACUGGAGAACAGUGGCAGGAGAUCAUGUUGGCAGCUCUGCCCGGCAGACGCUGUGACCCAGAGUCCGACACCGAGCCGGGCGAGGAGUUCACCUGCGGCAGCAACUUGGCCUACAUCUACUUCAUCAGCUUCUUCAUGCUCUGUGCUUACCUGAUCAUCAACUUGUUCAUCGCCGUCAUCAUGGACAACUUUGAAUACCUGACUCGAGAUUGGACCGUGCUCGGGACUCACCACCUGGACGAGUUCAAGAGAGUUUGGUCCGACUACGACCCAGAAGCUGUAGGUCGUAUAAAACACAUUGAAGUGGUCACUAUGCUGCGAAGGAUUCAGCCGCCGCUCGGGUUUGGAAAACUAUGUCCUCAUCGAGUUGCUUGUAAAAGACUCGUGGCCAUGAACGUCCCGCUGCACCAUGACGGGACGGUCACCUUCAGUGCGACUCUGUUUGCCCUCGUGCGAACCUCACUGAAGAUCAAGACUGAUGGUCCCAUCGACCAACAGAACGAGGAGCUGAAGGUGAUCAUCAAGAAGCUGUGGAAGCGCACCAAGCCCAAGCUCAUCGAUGAGGUCAUUCCUCCCCCUAGAGGGGACGAGGUGACUUGUGGGAAGUUUUACGCCAGCUUCUUGAUCCAGGACUAUUUUAAAAAGUUCCGCAAGAGGAAGGAGAGGGAGAGGAAAUCCAAGAGGAAGGACAGGGCGGCUUUUCUUCAGCAAGGGCUGCGGACGCUGCAGGACCUGGCUCCAGAGAUGCGUUUGGCGAUGGCCUGUGACCUGGAGGAAGAGGAGGGUGUAGACGGAGAGAUGGCCACCGAAGAGAUAUUUGACCGUGAGCAUGGAGCCUCGGUGAGCAGCGUGCCGAUGCCCCUCCUAGAGACUCUGGUGGAGCAGAUGACCGUUGUGAUCGAGCCAGAGCCCAGGAAAACCAACGGGGGUGUGAUCACAGAGCAGGUGACGGCCCUGCAGGAGCACCAGAAGCCGGGGUCAGAGCACGGGGGCGUAGACGUGGUGACGGAGCAGCCUGUGAGGUCGGAGUGCCCCCCCAUCAGGGUGGACGCCCUCAGCGAGUUGCCUCCUCCUCCUCCACCUCCUCCUCCUCCUCCUCCUCCUCCUCCUCCAGAGACAUCAGGGGGAGCAGAGGUUGUCACUGAAGAACCGGCUGUGGCAGAUACGACUCAAGUAUCUGAGCAGGUUUAUAAUAUUGAAGGCGAUGCUGCACUUUUAGCAUCAGAAGACAGGUACGUGUAUCCAGAACCUGUCUCUCCUGUACCUCCGGAGACCGGCUACGAUGCACAGAGCUUGAAACCAGCCAGCAGCGCAGGAGAGAUUCCUUAUGAAACCCAAGAGUCUAACGGCUUCAUCAGCAACGAUUACAUCAGCACCAACAUGAAUGGAGGCAGCGUCCCCGUCAGCCCGACUCCCUACGCCCCCCCGAACGGCUACAACGGGAACGGAUACUCCAGCUACACUGAGAACGGAAGCGUCAUCAGCAUGAAUGGAAACGGAAGCACGUUGAACGGCGGCGAUGAAAACGGCAGCUCUCUGACGAGCUACAAUGGGAACAAUGGUUACAGUGGGACUGAAAACAGAGGCACUCAGUUUAUUAGGAGAAGGCUACUUCCUAACAUCCCCAAAGGUCGUACGCCAGCCUUUAACCUGCAGUGUCUGAGGCCUCAGAGCAGCCAGGACGACCUCCCCAUCCCAGGGACCUAUCGUGGAAACACAUCCCAGUCCAGGUCCCGUCUACAGACCCAGCAGAGCAUCGAGUCCCGGCCCGGCAGCGUGUCCUCGAUGUCUACGGCCUCCUGGGUAAACACAACAGCAGCUGGCGGCGCUCCUGUCCCGGGAAUAAUCCCACCCUCGGGGCGCAGGGGCAAGCUCAUCUACUCUCCUAUGAUGCUGGUGGACGAAGCCACCGGCAGCAGUCAGCCGAUGUGGAGCGACGGCUCGGCCAGCCUCCCAGCAGGAAGCCAGCCCGGCUGGUACCCUGGACAGACCAGGAGCUACGCCAGCAUGAGGAUACCACCGGUCAACCAGGGCUACGUGAACAAAGGCAGUGCCGACAGUCUGGUUGAGUCGAUCCUGAUCUCCGAGGGUCUGGGCGUCUACGCCAGGGAUCCCAAGUUCGUGACCUUCGCCAAGAGGGAGAUCGCCGAGGCCUGCAACCUGAGCAUGGACGACAUGGAGAGCGCCGCCACCGACCUGAUAGCUCGCGGCGGCAGUCAGUCCCUCUCUCGCUUUGAGGAGGAGCUGGCCGAUGAAAUGAACUGUGUGAUCACUUACUGA